AUGGACCCGGAAUCCAACCCCGUGGUUACUAGUAUAUCAUGUGCGCAGACAAACCUAGAUGAAGGAAAGUCUGGAAAGUCGCAAAAUUCUGUUACAUUUGAUGAAAAGGCUCUGCCUUCAACUGCCGAACUUAAAAAAAAGGCUAAAGAGGAAAAAGCUGCUCGUAGAGCUCGAACUGUUCUGCAAAAACAAGGAAGCGCCGUCCCAGCUCAGGCUCUGUCGGCGCAACAAGCUCAACGGUCUAAAGCUGAAGUGCAAAAAGGAGUUAAAGCUCAACACAAGCGCGUAACCUCUAUUGAAGGUAAAGGGACUUCUAUUAGAUGUCUACAGAGGGCGAUAUCUCCAAUCCCAGAGGUGCCUAAAGAGGAUAAAACUGUGGAAUUUUUCAGACAUCUUUACAAGCAACGAACUUCAACUAUUGCAGGUGUAAGUAAAGAAGUUCACCCUGCAGUCUUAGCACUUGGGCUGCAGAUGAACAAUUAUACUAUUUGUGGGAGCUGUGCAAGGCUUGUUGCAACCUUGCUUGCGUUCCAAAAGGUGAUUCAAUCAUAUACUACGCCUCCGAUGAAUUCUUUGACUCGCCAUCUUACCUCACACGUAUUAUCACCGCAGAUUGAGUAUCUAUCUUCUUGUCGACCGCUAUCUAUCUCUAUGGGAAACGCCAUACGCUGGCUUAAACUUCUGAUAUCUAAAGUAGACCCUAACACCCCCGAUGCUGAAGCUAAAAAGUAUCUGUGUGAUUCUAUUAAUGUCUUUAUACGCGAAAGAGUCACUCUAGCCGAUGAAGUUAUUUCCAAAAACGCUGUCGAGAAAAUUAGAGAUGGAGAUGUGAUUAUGACUUACGCAAAAAGCAGCUUAGUGCAGCGAGUAUUUUUGCAUGCCUUCAAACAAGGAAAACAAUUCCAAGUAAUUGUAGUCGAUUCUAGACCACUGCAUGAGGGAAAGCAUUUAGCGGCAGCUCUAGCCAAACUGGGAAUAGACGUUAAAUAUUGUCUCUUAAAUGGACUUAGCCACAACAUACAAGAUGUAACAAAGGUGUUUCUUGGAGCUCAUGCCAUGAUGAGCAAUGGCCGAUUAUUUUCUCGGAUUGGAACGGCACUGGUUGCAAUGGAAGCAAAUGAAGCCGACAAACCCGUGAUAGUUCUUUGUGAAACCAUCAAAUUUACUGAAAGAGUAGCCCUGGACUCUAUUGUGCAUAAUGAGAUUGCUCCGGCUGAUGAGCUGGUAAUAUCUGGCGGGGUACUAGAGGGCUGGCGUAACGUCGAAAAGCUCCAAUUAUGCAACCCGAUGUACGAUGUCACGCCUGCCGAAUUUAUUCAGAUGAUUGUAACGGAACUAGGUAACGUGCCACCCACAUCGGUACCAGUUUUGCAUCGACUGGAAAAUGAGGCUUAA